UGCUUUCCCGCCGGCCCCUGCUAUCUCUCCCACGCCAGAUUUUUUUUCCCUCUCGCCCCCGUCUUCCCCUCCUCUGAAAGUUAAAGAAAUACAUAAAACUGUCUUCUUCAUACAAACAAGCAAACAAAACACCUCAUCUCUAUCCUCUGAUCUCGAACACUCAAACCUCAUCUGACAUUUACCAAGUCCAGACACUUGGUACCUAGAACCACAUCACAAAAAAAACAUAGCUUAGUCCCUAAUACGCAAUGUCCGACUUUGCCGAUUCGCCUGUGGCGGUCAACGGUGAUGCCGCUGCCCACGACAUCAAGACUAACGCCUCCGCUGCCUACGAUUCCAUCGCGAAUGGACCCGUCGCCACCAAGGCCAAGGAACAGCAGGAGAAGGCUUCCGCUGAGCUCUCCGACCUCGCUGCCUCCCGCCAGACUCCCGCUACGCCCGCCGCCACUGGCCAGCCUCUUACACACUACCACUCAUUCUUCUCUGAGCUCCUGUCCUGGAAGAACCCUCGUGCCACCGGAAUCGCCUAUGCCUCUAUUGUCAGCUUGAUCAUCGCCGCUCGUUAUCUCGAUGUUAUUCGCUGGGCUUUCAAGCUCUCAUGGAUCUCGCUUGCCGUUACUGUCGCCGCCGAAGCUGCUGGCAAGCUUGUCCUUAACAAGGGUCUUGCUUCUCAGCUUCGCCCUCGCCGAUACUACACAGUUUCCCGCGAAACUCUGGACAACCUUAUUGGCGAUGUCCAUGAGCUCGUAAAUUUCUUUGUGAUUGAGGCCCAGCGCAUCCUCUUUGCCGAAAACAUCUUUGCUUCCGCUGCCGCUUGCGCUGCCGCUUUCUUCUCCUACUUCCUUGUCAAGCUCGUCCCUUACUGGGGUCUUGCUAUCAUCGCUACCACCAUUGCCUUCUUCGUUCCUCUCGUCUACACCACGAACCAGGAGCUCAUCGACGCCCACAUCAAGAACGCCUCUGAUGCCAUCAACGCCCAGACUGCUCAGGUCCGUGAGCUCGCUCAGAAGCAGGCUGACCAGAUCACCACCAUGGGCAAGCAAUAUGCUGGUGAUUACAGCGAAAAGGUCCAGGAGAUGCUCCGCGGUCGCAAUGCUCCUGCCCCCGCCGCCGCCCCUGCUACUUCUACUCCUACUGCCAAGCCCACAGUCAAGGAGGUCGUUCCCGUCCUUCCCACCGCCCCUACCGAGGAGCCCGUUGUUGAGAAGAUCCCCGAGAUGCCCACCGCCCCUGAAGAGGAGCCUCUGAUUGCUGCUUAAACAAUACGACCAAGCACGAUUUAGGACUUUCAUGUGUACACGACUUACCAACAAUGACGCGCAUGAUUGAAACUUGACAGUGCCGGCACCGGUCCCAAUAUUUUUUUUCAUGAUACGACAUACCUUGACGACUGGGACCGGGCCGUGCAGAGUUCUCUUUUUGUUCAGUUUUGCCUUCGGCUUUCCUUCCUACUCUUCUUUUUCGACGCUUGUUUGCUGUUGUUCAUCGCAAAAGCACACAGGUUGAUGCAUGCCACCGACAGAGGACCAAUGCAGCGCAUUUCUUUUAUAGAAUUGUCAGUCUGUUCCUCUGCCGGUGCAACAUGAGCGUUCUUGCGGGAUAAAAUUUGAUUUUCUUUGGGUUCCAUGGUACAUUGGAGGGAGCUUCUGGUUUAUUUAAUUGCGGAGGUUAUGAACAAAUGCGUGUUUGUUCUUCUUUCUUCGUGACUCAAGCAAGUUUCUUGACGGAAACUGAGCAAUCGUAGCUGCUAGUUUGCACUAUGAGACUGUAUAGCACCUGUUUUCGCUGUUGCUUGUUUGCUUGCGACUCAAUUCUAUUUUAAUUUUUGUCAUGCCGAUUGCCCACAUUGAUUAUAACCCGUGCAUGUAAGAAUGAAUGUGAAAUUUUUUCUUUAAUUCGCUUUUCGACAAAAUAUAGCUAUGCAUUUCUUCUUCCUAUUUACAAGCCUAAAUGCAACCCAUGGAUGAAAAAAAUAAUGCAAUACAGCAACGGCCAAUCCCCAAGAAUAAAUACACCAACCACCCUCUGCGUACACUUUCUACUUUCUGCUUCGCUUGCCACCGCCUCCUCCUUCGCUGGCAGCUCGCUUGCGGCCGUUUUUGCGCCAAAAGUCCUUGGACUCUCGCUUCUCUCGGGCCUCCUUCUUAGCCUCGUUAUCAGCCAUCUUCUUUUGGAACUCGGCUCUCGACUCGUCCUUCUUGACGCGGCGCUUGGCAGCAGCAUCAUUGCGGAUAGUGAGCAGCUGCUGCAUGACGGCGCGGGCCUUCUUUUCCUCGCCGCCCACAAUAACCGCUCUCUUUUGCAUGUAGGUCUGGCGCUUCUGUGCCUUGGUCGUAGUGAUUUGAGACUUGUAAGGAAGUUCAGCAGCAAGAGCACGAGGCACCUUGAGAGAGUUGAAAUGACGGGUCUCGCGCUCAAUCUUGCGGUACUGACUGUUCUUGAGCUGCGGCGCAGUAAGACCUUGGUCGCGACGGACUUCACCAGUCAAACGCAUAGGCUGCCAGCCAAUCAAGUUGGUGACCGGGUUGUAGAAGCGGUGCGGCUUGAUGGGGUACCAUGCGCGUAGGAAGACAAUGUCACUGAGGAGGACCUUGUCUUCAAAGGUUGCACGGAAGUGGCCUUCAGGCUUGGACAAGGCACGCUUGAUUUGACCGCGAAUGCCAGAGACUGUCUUGAUGGAGGCGCCUUCAAACUUGGCGAUUUCCAGUGACGAGUUGAACAUGUCCUUGAUGAAGGCUGUGUUCUUGAAGAUCUUGUAUGGCGUACCGGUCAACUUGAGCUUCUUGACAAUCUCGGUGGACUCGUCAACGCUCAGCACGGUACCCGUCGCAGCAAUGCGGAAUCCAGCAUUUGACGAAGCGAGGUUAUUGAAACAGACGAAACCACUGUUGGGGGCAAUAAGCGGUGCGUACAUGGUGCCAAAACAGUGCAUGUGUUCUGGCGUGUACUUUAGCAUACGGUUGCGUGUACGCGAGUCUGAUAUAGAGUAGAUGGGUAAACUCUGGAAUCGACGCCAGCCCAGCGAGAAGAUGAGAGGGUCGUUGGUUUUGAGGAUCUUCUUGUGCCAGCGGUGACGCUUGAUACGCACUUGAACAAAGCCCCAGCGGUCUUCAGUGGGCGUCAGACCACCGACGAUAAUGGGCAUACGAGAGUUGAACUUGUUGACAAACUCCGCGGGCACGCCCUCGAGAACAAUGCUGGCAUAUUUACCAGCACGGAAGCCCUCGACAGCAGAGCGCUGGCGUUCAUCGAGUCCGUCAAACUCUUCCUUGUUGAUAUCGAGCUGCCUCUGAAUCAUUGCCUUUUGUGCGUCGUACCAAUCGUCUUCUCCAAACUCUUCAUCAUCGCCGCCUUCCUUGCGGGCAAUAGCCUUAUCAUUAAGGAAACCGUCUCGAUCUUCUUCUUCGAAACGUUGCUUAAGCUCUUCUUUGCGUUUGGCGUUCUUUUCACGUUCAGCCUCGAGAUCCUCAGCAGUUUCUUGUUUGGCCUGCUCCUCAGUGCCGUCGGCUUCGAGAUCUUCGAACACGCCGUCGCCUUCGUCAUCCUCAUCGUCAAAACCGUCAAAGUCGUCAUCAUCCCCGUCCUCAUCAUCUCCGUCGUCAUUACCGCGAGACCCAGAAGUAAACUUGCGACGAAGAGCGCUGAUGUUCUCCUCGGCUGCCCACUUAGCUGCAAGAUCCUCGUAGUCGUAGUCCGGAAUUGCUCUAUCUUCAAUGAGAUCUUCUUUGUCCUUUGAUGACUUCUUAAAGAAAUCUUCAUCGUCAGAGUCGUCUUCAAUGUUCUCUUCUUCAGACUCAUCAUCCUUGCCACGCCACUUGCUCAAUGCCUCCUCAGGCGUAAUAGCCAGGUCGUACAUGUAUCUUGCGAGGUCGGGUGUGUGAUAUGAGCGUCUCUUGCCGUGCAUCCGGCUAGCUUUUCCAGCUAAAUCGUCUUUCCAGCGCAGAGCUGCGGCAUCUUCAUCUGAGUCGUAGUCGUCCUCAUCAUCGCCUGAUAUCGAUCCCAGAUCAGAAUCACUAUCGGCGAACGCAAAGUCGUCCUCUCCACCACCAUUUUCUGCAUCCUUGCGGAACAUGCUUCCGAGCUUCGUUUCGUCAAACUCAGCCUCAGCUUCAGAGUCUUCCUCGCCGCUCACAAAGCCUUCGUCUUCGUCGUCUUCGUCGUCGAUAUCUUCGUCGUCAUUUCCUUUGUCUGCAACUCUAGCCUUUCUGUGGGUUUUUCGUCCAGUGUCCGCUUCGUUGUCUACUUCUGUGAUGCGGUCGCCGCCUUCGAAAAGCUGAAGUCCUUCAUCAGUCUGACCAAGCAGACGACGUUCUCCCUGGAGACCGAUGAUCAUUUCUUCACCUUCUCCACGCUCAACACCCUCAGCAUCCUUGUCAAAAGUGAAACCCUUUUCUCUGGUAAUCCAGAUAGCAUCACCAUCGAUUUUAAGACCACUACGAUCAGACAUUGGCGCGUGCAACUUCUUCUCCUUCUCAUCGAGUCUCCGUCUACCUGUUUUACCGGUAAUUUUGGCCAUAGCCUGUUCCAUGGCUGGGGUUGGGCAUGGAUCAGGGAGAACCUCCAUGUUGGAAAUGGUAAAGUCUCCCAGACCAGGAACGUGGACUCGUUGGCCCUGCGAGGCGAAGUUGGUGCCACGCAAGUAACCGGAAAGGACGAUAGAGCGAUCGCACUUGGCGUUCUCUUCAAUCUUUGUAGGAUGUGUGAUGUCUCGGAAGCUGUCGAUGAUAGAGUAAGGGUGGGAGUUGCGCCAGAUCAGAGGUCGAGGGUUCUUCAUAAUGGAAAGGAAGCGGCUCAAGUUGUGAAUCUCGCGAUCGGGGUACCGUCCAUUCAUAACACCAGAGAGGUAAAAAAGGUGAGCACCCUGGUACAGUUCGGUCCACAGACGGCGCUUGAGUCUCUUCUUGGCGUCCUUGAGGGCCUGGGGCUUGCGGAAGAGAUCGAGAUGGGUCAAAAUGCCGAAGACGUUGCCAGGCAUACCAGUGGCGGCAAGGAUAUUGAGGAACUCCAUAGUUUCCAUUUCGAAUCCGUAGUUUCCGUCAAUGAGUAGCAGAACAAUGUCUGCCACCUUGGCAACGUCCACCAUGGCCUCGAGUUCGUUGGCGCAUUCCAUAAAGGUGAGUCUCUGCUUCUUCGAGGUAACAACAGUAACAGGUCCCUGGGGGUCCGCAAUCGUUUCUUUUGCAUAUCUUCGAAUAAGGGACUUCAUUAGGGUCGUUUUGCCAACGCCAGGCGGGCCAACAAUGGCGACCAGGCGAGGCGGCGCCUCGUCCGGCAAUCGAUCGACAAGAGGAACAUGGAAUCGUUUUUCUUUAAU